GCGGCGGCGGCGGGCACAGCGCGGAGAGCUCCGGCGAUUCUGGCACGGCGUCUGGCAGGACAGGACCACCAGGCAACAUGGCUCCCGCGGAGAAGAUCAAGGCCAAGAUCAAGAAGACAUUGCCCGUGACCGGCCCCCAGGCCCCCACUCUGAAGGAACUGAUGCACUGGUACUGCAUGAACACCAACACCCACGGCUGCCGGCGCAUCGUGGUCUCCCGGGGACGUCUACGCCGCGUCCUCUGGAUCAUCCUGACCUUGACGGCAGUGGGGCUGAUCCUGUGGUACUGUGCCCAGUUGAUCAUCAACUACUACACAGCCUCUGUCUCCGUCACAGUGCAGUUCCAGAAGCUGCCCUUCCCAGCCGUGACCAUCUGCAACAUCAACCCUUACAAAUACAGUGCCAUAAAAGAGCACCUCGCAGAACUGGACAAGGAGACCAUGUCAGUCCUGGAGUCCUUGUAUAACUUCUCGGGAGCAGGAAGCAAGCCACGGGAACGCCGUGAUGCAGGCAGGCAACACCCUGAGAAGAGCAAGUUUCUCAGGAAGUUUCCCCUGAUGAAACUGGACAGCCUCCAUGCCAAGCCCACCGUCAAUGUCUCUGCUGGAUACAAGCGGCGGAUGAAUGCCAGAAUCAUCUCAGGCAGCUCCAGCAUAGUCAACGUUAGAAGCCCACGUGAUGUUGUGGGCUUCCAGCUGUGUGACACCAGCAACAAGAGCGACUGCACUGUGUAUACCUUCAGCUCAGGCGUCAAUGCCAUCCAGGAGUGGUACAAGCUGCACUACAUGAACAUCAUGGCUCAGAUUGAUGCGGAGGAGAAGGAGAGGAUGAGCUACUCGGCAGAGGAGCUGAUGCUGAGCUGCUUGUUUGAUGGGGACUCCUGUGAUGCCAGGAACUUCACUUCCUUCCACCAUCCUCUCCACGGAAAUUGCUACACCUUCAACAGUGGGCAAGAGGGGAAGAUCCUGACCACGUCCACAGGAGGCAGCGAGAAUGGGCUGCAGGUGAUCCUGUAUAUAGAAGAAGCCGACUACAACCCCUUCCUGGUGACCUCCACGGGCGCCAAGAUUGUGAUCCAUGAUCAGAACGAAUACCCCUUCAUUGAGGACAUUGGCACUGAGAUAGAGACGGCCACGGCCACCUCCAUCGGGAUGCACUUUACCACGUCCCACCGUCUCAGCCGGCCAUACAGCAACUGCACGGAAGACGGAGGUGAUGUUCCCGUGCAGAACCUCUACAACAAAAGCUACUCAUUGCAGAUCUGCCUGCAUUCCUGCUUCCAGAAUUCGAUGGUGAAAACCUGUGGAUGUGCUCAGUACGCUCAGCCCCUGCCUGCUGGAGCCGAAUUCUGCAACUAUAAAAAAUACCCCAAUUGGAUGUACUGCUACUAUAAGCUGCACGAACAGUUUGUGAAAGAGCAGCUGGGCUGCCAGCAAAUCUGCAGAGAAGCUUGCAAAUUGAAAGAGUGGACUCUCACCACCAGCCUGGCCCAGUGGCCGUCCAGUGUGUCGGAGGAGUGGAUCCUUCGAGUUCUCUCUUGGGACAAAGGCCUAAAUGGCCGCAAGAUGUUAAACAAGACAGACCUGGCAAAUCUAGUGGUAUUCUACAAAGAUCUGAAUGAGAGGUUCAUCACCGAAAACCCAGCCAACAAUAUUGUCCUGCUCCUGUCCAACUUCGGGGGCCAGCUGGGGCUGUGGAUGAGCUGCUCGGUGGUCUGUGUCAUAGAGAUUGUGGAGGUCUUCUUCCUGGACACGUUCUGCAUUGUCCUGCGCCACCAGUGGCAGAAGGCCAAGCGGUGGUGGAGGGGCCACUCAAGUGCCCAGGACCAAGAAGAGGACAAUGGGCUCCCCGCAACCAGCCCAGAGCAAGGCUAUCACAACACAGCCUGCGCCCAGGAUGACGAUGACCCCCCCACCUUCAACACGGCCAUGCGGCUGUCCCCACCCCAAACACCCCCACCCAACUACAACACUCUGCAGCACAUCAGCCCCUUUUCGGAGCAGCUUGAAGACACCCUGGAGGUCAGGACCCAGUGAGGCCAGCGGUCUCCACAGAAAGCCCUGGGACUUGGGGUGCCACCGGAGGCCUGAAGCCGCAUGGCAGCAUCACAGCGACUUCCUGUGCAAGAGGCUCGAUCGGGUGCAUGCUCCCCCUUCAUCUCUGCCCUUGUGGGGAGGCCUGCUGUUACCACGUGUGAGGAUGGCAGACGGGCAAAGUGGCACCCAUCCUGGGGCCUUGAACUCUGGACAGGAGCUGCCUUCUCUCUCAGUUGGGCAGCCCCACUGGUGGCCAGACUGAUCCAUCCUGGAGGCCAGGGAGUGGUCCAGGAGAGCUCCAGGCACCUCUGGGGGGCAGCCAAGGUGUAAGCAUCUAAAGCUGGCUCAUUGGCUGUGGGGGGGGGUGGCGGCAGGGGGAAGGCCAGUUCCUGAGGUGGGGAGCAGUUGCAGACCUUAAGGCCUCUGCUAUAUUUCGGCCAGUCCUGGAAACCUGCACAGGCCAGCUGCAGUCAGAAGGAGAAUCUCCUGCCCCUCCCUGGAAGGCACCUCCUGCAGAAACCCCCAAGCCCUGAGGCUGUCGGGAAGAUGUGGAGCGGAGAGCAAGCCAGAGGGACGUGAGGGGUCGGUUUCUGCGCAGCCGACAUCCCUCGAGUACCUCAACAGCGGCCACUGCAGAGGAGGGCAGCUGAGGCCGAAGGCUAAUAAAAUUGUCUUUG